AUGACCUUGGAUUACAUUUCUACGGAAUCUGCACAUUUAUUCACAACUCUUAUGUUGAUUGACUCUUUGUUUAUGGUCAUACCUUUCACUAAGUCCCUGACCGCUUUCCUCCUGCUCAUCUUCUCCCUGUGGAGGCAUCUCAGGAAGAUGCAGCUCAAUGCCAUGGGAUCCAGAGAUGCCAGCACUAAAGCCCACUUAAAAGGCUUGCAAACUGAAUGCACCCUUCUGGUUAUUGUAAGCAUAGAGUUUAUCAUUGGAAUUUUAGGCAAUGGAUUCAUAGCACUGGUGAAUGUCAUUGACUGGGUCAAAAGAAAGAAAAUCUCUCCAGUUGAUCAGAUACUCACUGCUUUAGCAGUGUCUAGAAUAACUCAGGUCUCAUUUAUACAUGUAAAUAGGUUGAUUUCUGUGAAGUUUCCAACUUUGUUUUGGGAUGAGCAAAUAUUAAAAAUUACUAACAGUAUCUGGAUAGUGACCAAUCAUCUUAACAUGUGGCUUGCUACAAGUCUCAGCAUCUUUUAUUUUUUCAAGAUAGCCAAUUUUUCCAACUCUACUUUUCUCUACCUAAAGUGGAGAGUGGGAAAGGUGGUCUCAGGAAUACUGUUGAUGUCUUCUGUCAUUCUUGUUUUAAAUAUUGCAUUUAUGAAAACAGAUAUUGAGGUUUGGGUUGAUGAUUCUAACAAAAAUGUGACUUACAGUUCUAAUUCAAAAGAAUUGUUUUACUCUUCCAGGUCUUUUACAAUCAAUUACAUGACAUUCACAAUCAUACCAUCCAUUGUGUCCGUGACAACUUUUGUCUUGCUCAUCUUCUCCCUGUGGAGGCAUCUCAGAAAUAUGCAGCUCAUUGCCAUGGGAUUCAGGGAUGCCAGCACCAAGGCCCACUUGCAAGUCUUGAUGACCAUGGUUGCCCUCCUCCUGCUGUAUGCCUUUUUAUUUCUAUCUCUUCUCAUGCAAGUUUUGAUGUCUGAGAUACAGGAAAAGAAUGUGGCCAUGCUGCUUUGCCAUGUUUUAGCACUGACUUUUCCUUCAGGACAUUCAUAUAUCUUGAUUCUGGGAAACAAGAAGCUGAGACAGACCUCUCUGUCUGUGCUGGGGUGGCUGGGCCACAGGUGCAAACAAGCAGAACCCUGA